CUAGUCCUGAGUGUCACCACAUCUGGGUUACAUCAUCAGACAUCACAGGGAGCUUUUAGAGACUUAAAGGCAAACACUGCCUAAGCACUGCCAUCCCACUUGGUCUCAAUCCGCUUAUAACCCACGGGCUCUUUCUCUUCCAAUCAUUCCCCUUCCAACCUCCACCUUUGACACUUCCGCCCUGGCCAGUCUACAUUCUGGUCACUUCUCCAGCCAUCACAGAUCACCAGGCUGCUCGACCUUUCCAUCACCUACUGCAACUAAGCACCAGCUUCUUAUCAGCCUCAGUCUCUGCCAUCACCCACACAAUCACUGCGACUGCCCUUGCGUUUGUGCUAGACAGUCCUGGUUGCCUCACACCCCUCCUCCGACACCUCCAGCCUUAGACAAUGAAACCGACGCCGUCCUCCAAUACCACCGCAUUCCUCACAAAGCAACAACUUCCUCUACAAUAUCCUGAUCUCUCUACCCUUCCAUAUCGCAAACGCUCGAGAUAGAGUAACUGCGUCCUAAUCUCACCCACAUUACAACUUGCGUUCUUGCAACUUGAUCCUUCCAGCGAUCCUUCAGCCUUUCUUGUGCAUUUCAUAUCCUAUCUACCUAGGUCCACGGGCUGCCAAUACAUCAAGCCCUUCCCCAAACAAAGGAGAAUGACGACCCCACAGCAACACCUUCCUAAGAACCCACGUCGUUCCGGAAAGAAGCAUCGCCAACAAGAUGACCAAGACCAAAAUACUUCCACAUCUGCGAAUGGCCACCACAAGUCCUCGCCGCAUGCUGUGACCAAUAUCAAUGGCACCAAGGGUAAUCACAACUCUCACCCGCGGAGGCCUUCACAUGCACAAUCUAAACAUCCCAAUGAUGGUUACACCUCAGACAUCUCUCGACACAAUCAAGCCAACCUGGACAAGACCAAAGCGACACCAGUGAAGCCUGCGGCAUAUGCUGGCUCCACCUUUCAGCAAUCCCCAGCGGCCUCUGCUCUCCCAUUACCGAGCUUCUACUCAAAGUCAAUACCAAACAACUCCGUCGAACAGUCCAGCAAAGAGGCUAGCCCCCCAGCUCCCAACGCUGGUACUCCGGCGGGCGAUUCACCCAGCAAGAGAGAGUCCACCCCUCUGGACUUUUUGUUCGAGGCUGCCCGGAAAGCUAAGGCUACGCCGCGUGGUGAGAGUCCAGCUACCCAGUCGCGUAAUCCAUCUGCAGCGCUCCAAAGCCCCUACUCGCGGUCCCCGGUCCCCAGAGAGGGUGAUUCUGUGUUCCCAUUCGAACUCGAAGGCGCAACCACCCCCGGUGAUGACGGUUUGGCGUUUGCGACCCCGUACAAAGAUCGCAUCGCUGCAUACAGAUCAACAAAGUCGACGGCGAAUGGUGCGGUGACGAACAUGGAUGAGAAUGAACGACGAGAGAAGAGCGAGGCAUUGAAGAAGUUGCUGAUGAACUCUGGUAGUCCUGGAACUGGCGACAUGGGUAACCCGUUCAAUGCUCGUCCUCCACACCAACCACAUGAAAUUGUGUCACAUAGACCGCCACAAGGAGCACCGCCCGUUCGACCCAGUUCUAACCCUUCCGCCUCCUUCUAUACACAUGACCAACGCGACUACCACGGGCCCCCAGGCUUUCCCCAGAUGCCGUAUCACUACCCCCCAGCAUCUGCACAUACUCCCAAACGUCCACCAUCGUCAAAUCUACGCAACGUCUAUCAUAGCGAGCCAGAGUAUGCCGAGCUUUCGUCCGACAAUGCUAUUACGCCACCAAUUUCUACUGCAAGAAGACACGGCUCACAUAUGCAGCAGCAUCCAGACCCUCGUUAUGGAAUAGCGCCUACCAGCCCGCCAUAUGCGCCGCAGCCUCAAAUGCCCAUGCACCAGUCCAAACCUAGUGCGCAGCAACUCGAGGACGAUUUGCGUCGAGUCCUGAAAUUGGAUCUUACAUCUAGAGGUUAGAUCUUGUUGGAGGGGUUUGGGUUUGACGGAGACAUGAACAGAUACCCCGGAGCAAUGAAUCUGAUUUGAUUCCACACGGGGUUGCAGGAGAUGAGAUGACUGAAUGAUCAAAUGUCUCGGAAUGAUUACUUGGCGACGACGGGACAGGAGUGCCUGCCAAAGUUACGAAUUAUGCGAUUGUGAUGGAUCUGGCGCCACGACUCUUCUUUCCCAGAAAAUAUUGUGGAGAGGUGAAGUGUAGACAGAAAGCUCUUGAGCAAUCUCUUCUUUUGGACAUUGGUUUACUGAUUUUGGGGAUUCUGGUCACGGUCGAUCACAUCGGGAAAUAUGUAUAAGGAAUCAAGGCUGAAGAAGGGACAAUGAUUCAGGCAUCUGGAGACAGGAUGCAAUUGGGGUGUUGGGAGGAACUACGGAACAAUACCUUGGUAUUGCGGUCAUUCGUUCGGGGAGGUUUUUCUUUUGUAGUCGAUUAUUUACCAGUGGUACAUAAUCAUAUCGUCAAUCGCUAGGAAUGAAGAGAUGCUAUUCUCUUCGACUAAGUUUACCCUGUGACAAAGGUAACUCAAGUCAUGGCUAUCUCC